UGGUUGCGGCGUGUGAUUAAUUUCAUAUUCCGAACAAAUUUCACAAUUAUUUCUAUUAACUUAUAUUAUUUGUGAGAUAGAAUCAUCAGUUUUCAACUUUUACAAUGUAAUUUGAUAUCUGAGGUACCAUUUAUCGGACUGGUGGCAGAAUAGCUGAGUUACUGUGGCGAAAACGUUGAACCCUUGUCAAAAUUUUUGUGUACAGUCCCAUUCAUCGAAAUUGAUGCGGGUGCUUUGAAAAUGAAUAGAAUUUAUGAGAGCAGCAAAUUGAAGGUCACAGUGUUGAAGGAAGGAUACUGCAGGCUUAUCAAACCUGUCGGAGAUGAUGCUGGAGGAUCUCGUUUCCAUGCCGAUGGGAGUAUCACGCUGGUCGAGACUAAAGGACAUAAAGUGCUUGUUGAUACUGGAGGACCAUGGGACAGACAGUACCUCAUUGAUGCUUUUGCAGAUCUAGGAGUAGGUCUGGAUGAGAUUGACCAUGUGAUUGGAACACAUGGCCAUUCCGAUCAUAUUGGAAACCUAAACUUGUUUCCUGAUGCCACACAAAUUGUUGGAUGGGAUGUGUGUAAAAGAGAUCUCUAUACCCUCCAUCCAUUCUCAGAGGGCAAGCCGUACCUAAUAACCCCUGAACUGGUUGUCAUGCCAACACCAGGCCACACCCAUCACGAUGUCAGUCUGUGUGUGCAUGAUGGAGGAAAGACAAUUGUGAUUGCAGGGGAUCUAUUUGAGAGCGAGAAUGACAUCAGCGAUCCUUCGUUAUGGAGAGACUGCAGUGAAGAUCCGCAAACUCAAAAAGUCAACAGAAGAAAGAUUUUAGACAUGGCGGAUAUCAUCGUACCAGGGCACGGACCAGCGUUUCAGGUCAGAGACAUCCACAGGACCAAACUCAUGGCAAAGUGAUUUGCUUUGAAGGCCUGCGAACUCGUGAUUUUAUACAUGGCGGAUAUCAUCGUCCCAGGGCACGGACCAGCGUUUCAUGUGAAAGACAGCUAUAGGACCAAACUCAAGGCAAAGUGAUUUGCCUUGAAGAUCUAGCUGCAAACUCAAGAUUUUUAGACGUUGCAGAAUUCAUUGUGCCAGGGUAUGGUCCAGCAAUCCUUGUGAACGAUCAAGAGCUAUAGGACUGAACCAAAAGCAAAAUCAAACGAGUGAAGAUUCACAUAGUCAAGAAGUGAACAGAAGAAAGAUAUUAGAGGUGGCAGAUAUCUUUGUACUAGGGCACGGACCAGUGUUUCAGGUGAAAGACAGCUAUUUGCCUUGAAGACUUAGCUGCGAAAUCAAGAUUUAAGACAUUGCAGAUAUCAUUGUGGUAGGGUAUGGUCCAGCAAUUGUGAACAAGAGCUCUAAGACUGAACCAAAAGCAAAAUCAAACGAGUGAAGAUUCACAAACUCACAAAGUCAACAGAAGAAAGAUAUUAGACAUGUCGGAUAUCUUUGUACCAGGCACGGACCAGCGUUUCAGGUGAGAGAUAGCUACAGAACUCAACCUUACGAGAGAUUGGAUCAGACCAAAUAUGACGUGAAACAACAAAUUCGAUGAUACAGAUUACAGACAAGUUUCAUUGGUUGGGGCUCUUUAUAAUGUUUAAGUCCAACUUAGAGUUAAGUUGGACUUAGGAUCUUUGUGAAACACCCCCCUGAGCUCCUAACUAUCGGGCAGCCAUCCCGCUACUCCUUUCGCUCCUCUGAAGGCAUCACGCUGAACCAUCCAUCUCCCAAGGUGCUUCCCACACCCGAUGACAGAGCAUUCACAACUGCUGCUCCCAAACUGUGGAAUAACCUAAUUAAACCUACCCAGAUUUCUUCGCAA